CAUUAUAAAACCCAGCCACCAGCUUGAAAUUUUCGAAACAUCUGCCUGCCGAACACGACCCUCUCACCAUCCCUCCAAACCUGAACUUCCCAAACUAUGUACCACCCAAAAACCCCCGCGAAACCAACCACUAAAAUGUCCAAAAUAACCCCAACAACUUCCCUUCAAAUCCUUUUCUCCAUAUUCUUCCUCCUACUCCUCACCCUACCCUUCCACGGAAACACCCAAUCUACUACUACUGAUUCAGAACAAAUAAUUCUGUUGAGACUCAAACAACACUGGUGCAAUCCACCUUCCAUCAGCCACUGGACUCCACCAAAAUUUCCCAACUCCAACUCAUCGACACACUGUAACUGGCCCGAGAUCACCUGCACCAACGGCUCUGUCACCGGACUCUCUCUCCCUAACAAAACCAUUGCCGUGACAAUCCCACAGUUCAUUUGUGACCUCAAAAACCUCACCGUCAUCGAUUUCCAGUACAAUUACAUCCCAGGACCAUUUCCUACGGUUCUCUACAACUGUUCCAAGCUGAAACAUUUAGACCUCUCCCUAAACUUCUUUGUAGGCCGCAUUCCUGGCGACGUUGACCGGCUGUCGACCAGGCUCCGGGUCCUCAACCUCAACGGCAACAACUUCACCGGCGACAUCCCACUGGCUAUCGGGCGGUUCCACGAGCUCAGAGUCCUUCGGCUUUUUCAAAAUGAGCUAAACGGCUCUUUCCCGCCAGAAAUUGGAAACCUGUCAAAUCUUGAGAUGUUGGAGCUGUCUGACAAUGCAUUUCUCCUGAUGGCAAUACCGUCGAGCUUUACCCAGUUGAGGAAACUUAAACAACUAUGGAUCAAAGAUUCAAGUUUGACCGGUGAAAUCCCGGUAACAAUCGGGAAUUUAACAGAGCUCGAGGAAUUGGACUUGUCAAACAAUAAUUUGACUGGUACAAUCCCAAGUGGUUUGUUUCUGCUAAAGAAUUUAACAAAGUUGUAUCUCUACAAAAAUCACUUGUCCGGGGCGAUUCCUUGGCCCAUUGAAGCUUUGAUGAUGGAGAUAAUUGAUUUAUCCCAAAACAACUUGACUGGAACAAUACCGGCUGAUUUUGGCAAACUAACAAUGUUGUCGGGUUUGGCUCUGUUUGACAAUCAACUCUCCGGUGAAAUACCAGAAAGCAUUGGCCGCCUUCCAUCACUGAGAGAUGUAAAGUUGUUUACCAACAAUCUCUCGGGAACGUUGCCACCUGAAUUUGGGCGAUAUUCGAAGCUCCAGCGGUUUGAAAUACCUUCGAACCAUUUCACUGGCAAGUUGCCAGAGCACUUGUGUGCUAAUGGUGAACUAUUAGGAGUGGUGGCAUUUGAUAACAGUCUCACCGGUGAAUUGCCUAAUUCACUUGGGAAUUGUUCAAGUUUGUUGAUUGUUCGGGUUCAUGGUAAUUGCCUUUCCGGUAGCAUUCCAGCAGGUCUCUGGACAUCAUCCAAUCUGACAAUGUUGAUGCUAAGCGACAACUCAUUUACCGGUCAGCUUCCAAGAACACUGGCACCAAAUUUAUCGCGACUUGAGAUCAGUAACAACAAGUUUUCAGGUGAAAUCCCAUCUGGGUUGUCAUCUUGGAAACAUUUAACCGUGUUCAGCGCAAGUAACAACUUCUUUAGUGGUACAAUUCCUCAAGAAUUGACCUCUCUUCCUCUCCUGUCAACACUUGUGCUCGAUGGGAAUCAAUUUUCUGGCCAUCUUCCAUCAGAUAUUGUCUCUUGGAAGUCAUUAACACUUCUAAAUCUCAGUCGAAACCAGCUCUCCGGUCCAAUUCCUGAUAAACUUGGUUCUUUAACAAGCCUCACUGAUUUGGACUUGUCAAGUAAUCAGUUCUCAGGUCAAAUUCCAACUGACAUUGGCCUUUUAAGGCUAACUUUUCUCAACCUGUCUUCCAAUUGUCUCACCGGGAGAAUCCCAAAUGAGUUUGAAAACACAUUUUUCAAUACCAGUUUCUUGAACAAUCCCGGUCUUUGCGCUAGUAAUCCAUCACUCGCCCUUGAUAUCUGCUAUUCUGGAUUUAAAACCUCAAGCAACAUAUCCCCAUGGCUUAUUGCUAUAAUAGUAGUCGUAAUGACAAUCUUAGUUUCAUCAGCUAUUAUAUUCACACUUUUCCAGAUCAAAAAAGCUUACCAGAAAAGAGUGCACAAAUUGAAUUCCAAGUGCGAGUUUACUCGCUUCCACACAAUUGAGGAAUUGAGUUUCAAAGAGUCAGAAAUUUUAUCUAAUUUAAUUGAAAACAAUGUGAUCGGAUGUGGUGGGUCAGGGAAGGUAUAUCGUAUUAAAUUGAACUGCUUAGGCAAAGUUGUAGCAGUCAAACAAAUCCAAAAUAUCAAGAAGUUGGAUCAAAAGCUUGAGAAGGAAUUCCUGGCAGAAAUUCAGAUACUGGGGACAAUUCGCCACUCCAACAUUGUGAAAUUGUUGUGUUGCAUUUCAAGUGAGACUACAAAGCUUCUUGUUUAUGAGUAUUUGGAAAAUCAGAGCUUGGAUAGGUGGAUCCAUGGAGAUAUGUGGCCAAGCACAACGGAUUCAGUCUAUUGUGGUGUUUUAGAUUGGCCUAAGCGAUUGCAAAUCGCAGUGGGAGCUGCCAAGGGGCUAUGCUACAUGCACCAUGACUGCACGCCUUCAGUAAUUCACCGAGAUGUGAAAUCAAGCAAUAUCCUGUUGGAUUCUGAGUUCAAUGCUAAAGUUGCAGAUUUUGGUCUAGCCAAGAUAUUGGUAAAGCAUGUGGAGCAUAAUACAAUGUCAACCGUGGUUGGCUCAUUUGGUUAUUUUGCUCCAGAGUAUGCUCGAACAAGAAGAGUGAAUGAGAAGGUUGAUGUCUACAGCUUCGGUGUUGUUCUUUUGGAACUAGUUACCGGAAGGAAAGCCAAUGAUGGAAAUGAAGAUAUGUGCCUAGCCGAUUGGGCAUUUCAAUAUUACAAUCAAGAAGGAAACCACAUGGUUGAUGUCCUUGAUGAGAAGGUUAAAGAACCUCAUUACUUGGAUGAAAUGACUCGUGUUUUUGAGCUUGGGAUCAUUUGCACUUGGCCACAUCCCUCAAAUAGGCCUAGCAUGAGGGAGGUCUUGCGAAUCCUGCUCGAUUGCAACCAUCAAUUAGGAUUUGGACCUUGUAAUGUUGGGAGCAAGUACAACUAUGCUUCCGAUUCCCUUGAUAAUUCUAAUAAAGGGACGAUUUUUUGAAGUGAGGAUAAUAGUUUGUUGUCUAGUGUUUAGUCAGUCUUUUGAUUAUUGAUUGUUGCAUAAGCAUAGAGUUGUAAAGCAAAUCAUACUUUUCAUUAUCGGCUCAAUAAGAGCAUGUUCAAGAUUAAAUUAUUAUGUAAGCAAGUUAAACUUUAACACAUUAAAGUUUAUUAAGCUAUUAUGUCAAGAUUGAACAAA